AUCUCUGAGGAAUGGUCUAAGGGAGUCUUUGUAGUGACCCAAAGCGAUGAGGAUAUCCACACUGCCAACGAACGCAGACUGAAGGAGCUGAUUGGUGAUAUUGCUGGAAAGCUGCACACUGGAAGAAGCAGAAACGAACAGGUUGUGACUGACUUGAAGCUGUUCAUGAAGAAUUCCCUCUCUGUCAUCUCCACUCACCUGCUGCAGCUCAUUAAGACCCUGGUGGAACGUGCUGCCAUAGAAAUUGAUGUUAUCUUGCCUGGCUACACGCACCUGCAGAAAGCCCAGCCCAUCAGAUGGAGCCAGUUCUUGCUCAGCCAUGCUGUUGCUCUGACCCGUGACUCUGAGCGCCUGGGAGAGGUGAAGAGGAGGAUCAACGUCCUGCCCCUGGGAAGCGGUGCUCUGGCUGGCAACCCCCUGGACAUUGACAGAGAGAUGCUGCGUAGCGAGCUGGACUUUGCUUCCAUCAGCCUGAACAGCAUGGACGCCAUUAGUGAGAGAGACUUUGUGGUGGAAUUCCUCUCUUUUGCCACCCUGCUCAUGAUCCACCUUAGCAGGAUGGCUGAAGAUCUCAUCAUCUACAGCACCAGUGAAUUUGGUUUUCUGACUCUCUCUGAUGCCUUCAGGUAGGUGCUGGUCCUUGGGCAGCCAGCCCUUCCCUCAGCCUCUCCUCCUCCCUUCUCCCCACCUGAGAGACUGAGACAGAUCUGGGGGGCUCCCUCUUGCACAAGGCUGACA